AUGGCUUUUCGGGUGCGGUCGGUGGCUUUGCUGCGACGGCGCAUUGGUGUUCCUGUGUCAAUAGGCAGGUCUCGUCGACUUGCGACUGUUGCUGAAAGCACGCAGCCCUACGAUGUCGUCGUUAUUGGGGGUGGCCAUGCUGGAUCCGAGGCAUGCGCUGCUGCUGCUCGAUCCGGAGCGCGUACUGCGCUUGUGACGCCCUCGCUUUCGAACAUUGGUGUUUGCUCGUGUAAUCCGAGUUUUGGUGGAAUCGGAAAAGGAACGAUGAUUCGCGAGGUCGAUGCGAUGGAUGGUGUUGCUGGACGGAUCAUCGACAAGGCUGGUAUCAUGUUUCGAGUGUUGAACCGCUCCAAGGGACCCGCGGUGUGGGGACCGCGCGCGCAGAUCGAUCGCGAUCUGUAUAAGAAGUACAUGACGGAGGAACUGGUCAAUACCGAGGGCCUCAGUAUUGUGGAGGGCAAGGUUGCCGAUAUUGUUGUCUCGAAAGAAGGCAUGGAGAAUACGCCUGGUGCUCAGGGCAAAAUUGUUGGCGUCCGACUCGAGUCUGGAGAGAUUAUUCCCACAGGGCGUGUUGUCAUUACAACUGGUACUUUCCUGGGUGGUGAAAUUCAUAUUGGUCUGGAGACAUUUCCUUCCGGACGUAUGGGUGAAGCUCCGACAUAUGGUCUGAGCAAGUCUCUGCGUGAUGCAGGCUUUCAACUCGGCCGUUUGAAGACCGGAACGCCGCCUCGCCUGGACAUGAAGUCGAUCGACUUUUCGGCUUUGGAAGUUCAAAAAGGAGACUCGCCUCCUAUGCCAUUCUCUUAUCUCAAUGCGACUGUUCAAGUUGGCGACGAAGGCCAACUGAACUGCUGGAUGACACAUACCAACGAGGCCGCCCACGAGAUCAUUCGCGCAAACCUGGAUAAAUCUGUUCAUAUCAGAGAAACCGUUCGAGGACCCCGAUACUGCCCGUCUUUGGAAUCGAAGAUCAUCCGGUUCAAAGAUAAGGAACGACACCAGAUCUGGCUUGAGCCGGAAGGCUUUGCGCCGAACGAAGUGAUUUAUCCCAAUGGUAUCUCCAUGACUGUCCCUGCAGAUGCGCAGUACGCCAUGCUGCGAACUGUCCGUGGUCUCGAGAACGUGAACAUGCUCCAGCCAGGAUACGGAGUUGAAUACGACUACAUUGACCCGCGGAACUUGCGUCCAACUCUGGAGACCAAGUUGAUUAGCGGACUUUACCUGGCGGGUCAAAUCAAUGGUACAACAGGCUACGAAGAAGCCGCCGGACAAGGUGUAAUUGCUGGUACGAAUGCUGGUCUGGAGUCACAAAACCGAGCUCCCAUGACUCUAACCCGGUCCGAUGGAUUCAUUGGCAUCAUGAUCGACGAUCUCAUCACCAAGGGCGUCUCAGAGCCCUACCGUAUGUUCACGACACGCAGUGAAUACCGCAUUUCAACCCGAUCUGACAACGCCGACCUCCGCUUGACGCGCAUGGCCCGCGAGGCCGGAGUCAUCUCUGACCGUCGUUGGAACGCCUUCACAGAGACGGAAGCACAGAUCGAAGAAUUGCAGUCUCUACUAUCAAAGACGAAGCUUUCUUCAACGGCCUGGUCGCGCAAGGGCUUCAAGGUCCGCGCAGAUACUUCGGUGCGCUCUGCACUCGACAUCCUCUGUCUGGAUGGAGCAGACAUCGAUACUCUCAUUCCGCAUAUCGACUCCACUCCUGGUACAGCGUAUACGGCUGCCUCCUUCGACCCAGCCAUUCGAACUCGCGUUGCCAUCGAAGGCCGCUAUGCGCCGUACUUGAAGCGUCAGGAGAAGAUGGCCAAGCGGUUCCAGCAGGAUGAGAAUCUGUUGCUACCCGCUGACCUGGACUAUAGCCUGAUCCAUGGGAUCAGUAAUGAGGAGAAGCAGGCGUUGGAGCGUGUGCGACCUUCGAGUGUUGGUAUGGCUCGUCGUAUUGAAGGUGUUACGCCUGCUGGUGCCCUUCGUCUGUUGAUGCAUGUGCGGAGAGGUAGUGGGUUCACGAAGGAGAUUCCUAGCGAGGACGAUCCUGCUGUGGCUGAUAUGUUGCGUUCGUCUCCUUAA